UCCAUAACGCCCGGUCUCUGAUCCUUCUCAUCUUUCUUCAAGAAGCGCACAAUGGCGUACUUAGCCACAACCCUCGCCAGCUCUCCUUCUUCAUCAAUACGCUCCUCUUCCUCUUCCUUCCUCUCCUUCAUCUCCGCCCACCGGUUGCUCCGCCCUUUGACCAAGACCGGUGAUCUACCUACCCGCUCGUUCUCCGUCCGUUCCCAGACAUUGGACUUCUCAGGAUCUUUCUUUGAGGGAGGCCGCGAGGAUGAGGGAGCUGACUCUUCGAUGGGUUCUUCGGCGGCUGCUGUGGUGGCACUUGAGGACAAGGAGGAGCCGCAGUGCCCCCCUGGAUUGCGCCAAUAUGAGACCAUGGCCGUUCUCCGGCCUGAUAUGACUGAGGACGAGCGCCUCGCAUUCACACAGAGAUACGAGGAGAAAUGCAGUUCUGAGCUGAUGAUUUACUUGGCAUAUAGCUUGAUGAAGCUGCUUGUUGCUGGCGGUGGAAUGUAUGUGGAGGUGUUUAAUCGUGGUGUGAUCCCACUAGCUUACAGCAUAAAGAAGAAGAACAAAGCAGGAGAGUCAAACACGUACCUGGAUGGUAUUUAUCUGCUCUUUACCUACUUUACCAAGCCUGAGUCUCUCUCUGUCCUCGAGUUCAGUCUCAAUGCUGAUGAUGAUGUUAUUCGGUCAUCGAGCUUCAAAAUAAGGAAGCGGAAAUAUUAGAGCAGAGGAAUUUUACUGAUCUACGAUGUUUCAUACUGGCUGUAUUUGUGUGUUAAAAUUUUAGUGUUAUUUUUGUUUUCCAAUACAAAUCUUCAUCAUAACCCAUGGCUGUGAUCCUGUGAGAACAUUGUGAUGCAUGUAUUUUUUGGCGCCCAAUUAGUGCAUGUUCUGUUUGCUUGUUCAGAUAAGGGUUCUUUGUUUGUUUAAA